CUCCCUCUUUCGGUCCGUAGGCUCCGGUGUGGACCUGACAGCUCACAGGGAGACAUGCACAGAACCGAGCCCGGGGGUUCCCAGCAUCAGCAGCAGCAGCAGAGUUAGAGGGUCGUGCAGGUCCGGGUCUUGGUCGUCCUGCACAUCCAGCCUGACGCGGCGCCAUGGAGCGCUCCUAAUCCCGGCAGGACGCCAGGAAGCGCUCGGAGUCGUCCCUCGAUCGUCACGUCUUGGACCCGUUUGGACCUUUGGAGAGAGGGACCAUGUCUGCGAGGAUGAAGGGGAUCCUGACCAAAGACAGCGUCAGCCUGUUACCCUGUUUCUACUUUGUAGAGCUGCCGAUCCUGGUGUCGUCUGUGGUGUCUCUGUACUUCCUCGAGUGGACGGAUGUGUUCAAGCCGGUCAAGUCUGGCUUCAACUGCCACGACCGCAGUCUCAGCCUGCCGUACAUCGACCCCAACCACGAGGUGGUACCGCUGCUGAUGCUGCUCAGCUUGGCCUUCGCCGGACCCGCCAUCACAAUCAUGAUUGGAGAGGCCAUUUUGUUCUGCUGUCUGUCUCGGGGGAAGACUGGGUCCGGGGCAGAGGCCAACAUCAACGCCGCCGGCUGCAACUUCAACUCCUUCAUACGCAGAGCCAUCCGCUUCGUUGGUGUUCAUGCAUUCGGUCUUUGUGCCACUGCUCUCCUGACUGACAUCCUUCAGCUGAUGACAGGCUACCCAACACCUUACUUCCUCACUGUGUGUAAACCCAACUACACCACACUCAACGUCAGCUGUGAGCAGAACCCCUACGUUAUUCAGGAUAUCUGCUCGGGGGGCGACCCUGCUGCCAUCAACCAGGGCAGGAAAUCCUUUCCGUCUCAACAUGCAACCCUCGCGUCCUUCGCUGCUGUCUAUGUUUCGAUGUACUUCAACAGCACACUGACGGACUCAUCCAAGCUACUCAAGCCCCUGCUGGUCUUCUCCUUCGUCAUCAGUGCCAUCAUCUGUGGUUUGACCAGGAUUAUUCAAUACAAGAACCACGCCAUCGACGUUUACCUCGGCUUCCUGCUUGGAGGAGGUGUAGCCGUCUACCUGGGUUUGUAUGCAGUUGGGAACUUUCAGUCCAGUGAGGAAGCCACCUGUAGCCCCCCUCCCCAUGUGCACUACCCCCCUUGCUCUUUACCCCACAUAAGCCAGCAAGCCGUCCUCCAUCACCUGCAAAUGAAAGCUGGCGAGCACGGCAUUCCCACCUCCCACUCAGAGGGCCUCCUCCACCGAGGCCUCCAGCAGCCCAGGCCUGAGGACGGCCUGAAGCACGGCAGCGCCAACGUGGAGGUAAUAUCCCCCCACAGCCCCCCCAGCAGAGAUGGCAUGGUGACCUUUAGCCACACUCUUCCUCGGGUGCACACGCCCCAGGCCAUGGCAGCCUACGAGGAAGCAGCCAGACGCCACGCCGCCACCCUCCACCAUUCCUCCGUGGAGUCGUGCCGCUCAAAGCAGCUUCUGUCUCAAUGGAAGAGUAAGAACAACAGCCACAAGUGCUCCCUGCAGGCCCCCGACUCCUUCUCCUCCUCCGUAGACUCGUCAUCUGGCCAGUCCUCCCAGCACCUGAACCACUACGGCAGCAUGGAGCGCAGGUCCAACUCUGAACCAACAGCUAUGGGCGUGAACGGAGGCUUUGAUAGCCACGCCUACCUGUCCAAGCUAGCAACAGGCGCCAGCACCACUCUGCCCAGUAACUGCAGCGGCAUUGCUGGAGGCGGCAGGAUGUCCAUGCAGUCCAGACCUGGGUCCUCACAGUUGGUCCACAUCCCAGAGGAAGCUCAUGAAAACUACAACAGCAGCACGUCCCAGAGGAUAGUGGGUGGGGAGGGCAGUGAGGGGAUGGCCACAGUAAACUGCACAGCUCAAGCUAACUGGCAAAGGGCGGUGGAGAAGACGGCGGCCUGCAGGACAAAUGAAAACGGACAGAACUCCCAGCCACAAAUCAUGCAUGUGAUCGCCAUGUCCAAGCAUCAGGGGCUGCUGCAGUCCCAUUCCAAGAGCUUGGAUGAGAGCAGCAUAGGCUGCAGCACCACGGGGAGUUGUCAGGGCUCUGGUCGCUUCAGGACGCUAACUGAUCAAGACCCCCCCGGCACCCCCGGGCCCAGCUCUCUGGGGAGCACCACAGGCAGCAUUUCAGGGAGCACCGGGGCAAUUGUUAGAGUGGACGCCCACCCUGAAAACAAAAGACCCCUGAUGCAAGCUGUGUCCACGGACGGAAGUGGAUCCUGGAGGUGGCGGUCCCUGGAUCAUGGUACUGGAGCUGGAGGAGGAGGAGGAGGAGGAGGAGGAGGGAGUUUGAGGCAGUCGUUCGAGCUGAACGAUCUGAACAGAGAUUCUGAAAGCUCAGACUCCAUACUUGAAGCUCCCCUCGACAGGAAGCGAACCAAUCAUAUCGUGACCACUACUGCCACAGUUAGCACCCAGCCGAUCGUCACCGUCCACACCCAGAGCAACAGCCAGUCAGAGCAGAGGCUCCACCCACAGGGCCUCUCCACCAUAAGGGUGACACCGGGGGAUGGAAGCGGAGCUGGAUCUGGAGAUGGUGGAGGAGGAGGAGGAGGAGGAGGAGGAGGAGGAGGAGGGAAGACUGCAUCAGAAACCACUUCAGUUGCCUCCAGCCGAGAGUCCACGCUAAGGAGAAAAGGAGGAAACGUCAUCCUGAUUCCAGAGAGGUCUAACAGCCCCGACAACGCUCUGAACGUUUUCUACAAGGGAACAUCCAUGACUCCUGUCUUCAAGGACUGAACAGCACCACGGUACCUGUCCCUGGAGUCAGCAUAUCAACAUUUUAUUUAGCAUGAGUUUUGUACAUGUUUCCACUAAAGCACAACCUUUUAAAUGUUGUUGAACUAAUCACUGUGUUCUUUCGUGGUCACUCCUAAGGAAACCUAUGGUAUAACGUUGACACUGUGCCGACACUUCGGUGAGAGGACCACCUUUUUCUUACAGUCCUGUAUGUUUUGGAUAAAAAUUAAAAUAAAAAUUUAAAAAAAAAAUCACAAAAAAAGUAGCACAGUCCUGUUCAAACUGUAGCAAAUGACUAAACUGUAGAUAGCUACGAAACCAAUGUUUACUUCUCUGCACUGUAAAUACCCGACAUGCUUUUAAAAGGGUGCUACGCCGCAAAAUACUAUUUACGUACUAAUACAACAUAGUGUAUACUGUAAUAGAUAGAGAAUGAAGUAUUUUACAAAGACUAUGGCAUUACUACGCGACAGAGGUAGGUUUUAUAUUUAGUCUCUUCUCUGUACAGAAACCACAUAUUCAACAGAAAACCGUAAGUGUGCUUAGCAUUCCUCCUGUAGCUCUCAAGUGGAAUAUGCUGUGAAAUCAGCGUUUACUGUACCUUGUCUACUGUAAACCCAAACCCUCAAUCUUUGUAUUCUGUACUUAUCCAUGCCAGUUCCUUCUCGAUAGCACAAAAAAAAAGCAGCAAAGUGGCGCGGUGUUAGUCUUAGUGCGUCUCCAAACAUCAGUGCAAUGGUUGACGUCGCGUUUCCUGGCUGGUUUCAGUCUGUUCUAGAUUCAAAGCAACAUUUAGACACUGAUUCUGUGUUUAAGCAGUUAUUACCAUUGUACAAAAGCUUUCUGAAACAGAAAAAAAAACAUAUCUAUGCAUUUUUCUAUACACAUUGUUUGGUAGCAGUUAGAGCAUUUUCCAAAUCUUUAUCACGAAAGUUGAAAAACUGUGUUAAAAAAAUACAUUUAUUAAAAAAAUGUAAUGUACAUAAGCCCCUCAGAGGUUAAAUGUGGGACAAAAAAACAAACAAACAUUUAUGUCAUAAUACAUGUGCACUGAUUUAAAGAUGGAUAAACUAAAAACUAACUCAUGUUACAGGUCCAUUUGGGAUCCUAUUUGUUACUCAUGGUGUCUAAUGAUCACAGGUUGUGCCACUCACAGCUGGAUAUUCCAGUAUUUAGAGCCAUUAAACCAACAGUAAAUAGAAAAUCUAAAAAAGAAAAAAAAAACAACAACAACAGAAGAGAUGAAGCUGUAAUAAUUACAGCUGAUCAGCAUUGCGUUGUCCCAGCAUUCUGAGCCUGGAGGUGUUCUUCUCUUUGUUUAGAUAUGAAAACCAACUUUUAGUUAGAAAUAUUAACUUUAAACUUGAUUCUCACCGUAGCACAUCCAGCUGGAACUUUGUAGCCUACGUGUGCAGGUGCUUAGUGUAGCAUUUCAACAAGAAUAUACACCACUAUAGUACUUUAGUCGUAUUAUAAAGUGAUAUUACUGACUAAAUGUGGCUGCAAAAACUGUAAUCUUAAAGAUUAAAUGUUCUUUACCAAGUUAUCCUUCUUCCUGGUUCAGAGUUUAAUUCCUAAAUGAUCUUAAUCAUCUGUUCUAACUUGUUCUUGAGGUUUUCUUCCUGGUUCUCGGUUCAGUUGAAGCUUAAACUGAGAACUAGCACAACUCUAAAGGUUUUAGAUGAACACAGACAAGAGCAACAACUACUUUGAGUCAGAGUUUGAUCCUUUUCAUCUUUAAACAUGUUAAAAACAGAUUCAUUUAUUUAUUGUCAGUAACUAACACAUGUCCAGUCCAGAUCAAUGACAGAACUGACUGGAAAGUCUCAACUAUUGAUACUGACUAAACUGUUCUGGUCACAUUUUAGUUGGAACAACACAAAUUUACUGGUUUUUAGUCUGAAACUCUUGUUUGGAGAAAUCUCGGAGGAGACGCGCAUUAACCCUGUUCUAUCAUUUACAUGAUUUAAAGCCUCAUUAUUUAUUUAUUUACUUGUUUUUAAGCCGAGUUGUUUAUUAGUUUUUGCAGAAUUCUUUAAACGUCUUUGUUUCUGGACCCACUGAGCAUGUGCACUACAAUCCUCCACGUAAAACUAUUCCUACUGGGAGAAUAAUUUGGAUUAUUUUAACUAACAUGUCAUUAUUUAUAUUUUAAGCUGAGUUUUUAAGAAUGAUCACCAUCGUAGAAUCCUGAACUGAAACUCUUCUUUACGUCUGUGACUUUGCUGAACAGAACAUGUGUUUAUGAGGUGAUGUUUCUACCAGCAGAUGUUCAUCCAGACCCGAUUUUACCCUCUGUAUCAAACUGUGUAGAAGCCACGAGACACUGCCUGUUCUUCUGCUACUACUGCUAUAAAAAAAAAAAAAACUACGAUUAAAAAAUAGUAGCGUGACCAUUGAAAACUAGAUUUUCUUUUUUUAUAUAUAUUGGAAAAUAAUAUAUGUCAUGAGAUGUACUUUUUAAUAUUUGUAUCGCAAGCUGACGUUCUAUUGUACAAGAUUCAUUCUGUAUUCCAGUAACAAUAGCAUGGUCACUUUUUUACAGUGUCAAUCACUAUAAAUGUGUUUUUAUUUUGAAUGUACAGAGGUGUUUAAUGGUAUGUUCUGUAUUUCUGCCUUUCAUAGUGAGAGUUAUAUGACAAUCUCUUUUUUUUAUGUAUGUAUGUAUUGUUGAUCAUUCAGGUUAUGGCAGUUGUUACAGGCUGGUUUUAUUUUAUUUUUCCUAUUUUCUUACAUAAUCUAAGAAGCAAAACUUAAAAAAAAAAAAAAGCUAAAAGAGUCAAUAAACCCAAAAGAAAAACAUUUUUAAAGUAAUCCAGGUAGAAUGCAUAUGGUAGUUAACACUUAAAAUGUGGAAUUAGGAUCUGUGGAUUUGUCUAUAAAAGGUGAUUUAGGUUCUAACAACAACGGAGCUGUACGCCAUUGAGCAAUAAGGUAAAUUAAGAUUUUGUGCAAAUCAUAAAAGAACAAGAGUUCAUCUUAACAUUCUGCCAAAGUAAAUGGUAUCAUAUGCAACGCAGCUGAGGAAUCAGAACAUAUUUAUGUUUAGCACCAGACACCGGCCUGUGUGACGACACCUGAUGUAAAAUUAAAUAUUAAUGAUGUACAGGUUAAAUUCUUUAGAUCCAAGCCUUAAUGUGAUCCAUGCUUCCUCACGUCUGAUCUAGAGUCCGACUUAAAUGUGAAGUGGAAAGUGACACACGGGUAAAAGUGGAACUGUGAAUGGAUGCUCUCUGCAUGUUUAUACUCUUGUGUUGUCUCUGGAUGAUUAAUUAAUGUUUUACUUUUUUGUUUUUUAUACAUAUAUUAUAUAUAUAUAUAUAUUGUGAUCAGAUGUAUGAAUAAUAUGCAGCAAGAAAAUAAAAUAAAAUAAAAACCUUAAAUUUAGAGACGGUUUAAAAUGAAAAGCAGCUCGAUGGUUAUUGAUUUAUUUUAAAACUAAUUGAAGCCGUCAGAGAAGAAGAGGACACUGACCUGAACACAUUUGGAAUAAAUGUUUGUUAAUGAAA